AUGCCGCCCCGCUCCUUGCACCUCCACGGUGCGUUCGCAGCAGCGCCAGCGUCGGCAACAUCCGUAAUUGCCAGGGCUGCCGCUGUGAGGCGGAGCGCACGCUACGCUUCAACCCUUCAAUCGGCAUACAAGCAGCAUCCCACCAAGCACGACUCGUCCGGAGCGCUGCUUUCCAGAGUCUCGGGACCAAUCGACAAGCCGCUCUGCGAGCUCUCCCUCGGGCAGUUCUGGCACCAGGCCGUCGCGAAGUAUGCCGAGCGGCCUGCGCUCAUCUCAAAGCACGAACCGGCAUCCCAGCACGGCAAAGGUGCCUCCUCCAAUGACUGCAUCCGCUGGUCAUACGGCGAGAUGAACGAGCACGUACAGAGUCUCGUUGCCGGCCUCCAAAAACUUGGCGUCCGCAAAGGCGACCGUGUAGCUGUCCUCAUGAUGUACGCUGCAGCCCUGCGCCCGCCGAAUUGCUCUGCAUACGGUGCCUUGCAGUGGGCAUGUGCCGAGGUAGGCGCGGUGCUCGUCACGCUCAAUCCUGCGUACAGCACGUCCGAGCUGCGGCGCGCCAUCACGCUCGUCGAGGCUACCACCCUUUUUAUCGUUCCGUCGCUGCGCGGAUCCAACUACCUCGACUCGCUCCUCGAGCUGCUGCCCUCGCUCACAGGCUCGUCAUCCUCGGGCGGGGACGCCACAGUCCUGAACGAUCCAGAGCUUCCAUCUCUCAAACGCAUCGUGCUCGUCGACAAUCUCGACAGCCGCCCGCGUCACUGGGAAAGCAGCAGCGUGCUUGCUCAGCAAGGCAAGUCGUUCGCCGAUGCCAUGGCAGCUCUGAACAAUCGCGCGCUCGACUAUCGCGAUCUGCUCGUCUCUUCGUCAACUAGCAGCGCCAAGGAGGAAGUGCACAACACCGAUGUCAUCAAUCUUCAGCUCACCUCGGGCACCACAGGAAAACCAAAAGCAGUCGCUCUGAACUCCCGAAACCUCCUCAACAACGGCAUCGCUAUCGGCGAUAAUCUUAGGUUCACCGAAGCCGAUAAGCUCUGCAACGUACCGCCUCUGUUCCGUAAGUAUACUCCUCCUGUUAGGUGGCUUGCUGGACCUGCCACUGACUUUGCACUUCCGUUCCACAUCGGCACGCGUGUAGACUGUUUCGGCCUGGUCUUGGGCAACUUGGCGGCCUGGACUCACGGCGCCUCCAUCGUCUACGCCGCCGAAGGAUUUGACCCACUACGAUCGCUUCGCGCCGUCUCGGAGGAACAGUGUACAGCUAUGCACGGCGUACCCACCCACUUUAUCGCCGAGCUCGAGCUGCUUGAAUCCGCUAGAGAUCAUGCCGGGGACCCGUCGCGCUUUCCCCUCCCCAAGGGCAUGAUCGAGGGCGAAACGUUCGACUUUUCCACCUUGCGCACCGGCCUCACCAGUGGUUCGACGGUUCCCAUCGCAUUGAUGGAGGCCUUGGUCAGCCCGGGCAAGCUCGGUCUCCGCGAGCAGACGGUGGUGUACGGCAUGACCGAGACUUCUCCCGUCACAUUUGGCUGUGAUGUGGACGCGCCUAUUGUUCGGCGAUGCGAGACGGUGGGACGCGUCUACCCCCACGUCCAUGCCAAGAUUGUCUCGCCCGACGACCCAACUGGCAAGCCGCUGCCCGUGGGCGAGCCGGGAGAACUCUGCACGGCAGGCUACGUCGUCAUGCAAGGCUACUGGAAGGAUGCCAAACGCACCGACGAGGCCAUGGAACGGCACCCAGACGAGCCCGACAUUCUCUGGAUGCGCACGGGCGACAUUGCCAUCAUGGACGAAGAGGGCUACGUCCGCAUCGUCGGUCGCUCCAAGGACGUCAUCAUUCGCGGAGGCGAGAACCUCUUCCCGCCCAACAUCGAAAACUGCAUCGAUCGCAUGGAAGGCGUGGCCACCAACGCAGUCGUCGCCGUCCCCGACGACAAGUACGGAGAGGCGGUGGGAGUGUUUGUUGCGAGAUCGCACGCGGACGCGCACGUCUCGCCAGCCGAGGUGCGUGCCUAUGUCAAGAAGCACGUUGGCGGACAGAGUGCGCCCGCCUGGGUUUGGUUCCUCGGCGAAGAGGGCGUCCCCACCGAGUUUCCUAAGACUGCCUCGGGCAAGAUUCAAAAGGUCAUUCUCCGCGAUUGGGCCAAGGACCUCGCGAGCAAGAACCAGGGCAAGGUGGACAAGGUUUAG